AUGGAAGAUCUCGACGAAACGGAUACUGUCGAAGUGCAGGAAAGUAAUAGUGGAAGCCGUAAGAGACGUGUUACUGGUGGAAAACGAGUUGCAGCUAAAACGGCGAAGUAUUCACGACUCCACAAUAGUAAUGUCAUCAACCUUUGUGCUCACAACACGACAGCCUUUCGUUGCUCAAAAGUCACACCAAAUCAAGUCGCAAAAGUUCGAAAAAGCUUGUGUUCGGUUCCCGAGAAACUUGCACAGGAUGUGAUAAUUUCAUCCUUGAUCCAGAAUCAAGAAGUGAAGAGAAGGAGGCCCCGAGAAUAA